UAAUAGAACAGUGUUUAGUAUCUAGAGAUUAAAUUAGUUUGGAGAUUAGCAGUACAUUUUUCAGUAUCUAGAGAGUAAAGUAGUGUGAAUUUCAAUGUUUGAUAUCUAGAGAGUAAAGUAGAGUGGUGAGUAACAGUACAGUGUUAGAGUGGAGAUAAAAAGUACAGUGUUUAGUAUCUAGAGAGUAAAGUAGAGUGGAGAUUAACCUUACAGUGUUUAGUAUCUAGAGAGUAAAGGAGAUAGAGUAGAGAUUAACAGUACAAUGUUUAGUAUCUAGAGAGUAAAGGAGAUAGAGUAGAGAUUAACAGUACAAUGUUUAGUAUCUAGAGAGUAAAGGAGAUAGAGUAGAGAUUAAUAGUACAAUUUUUGCUGUACCUGUACUCAAUGUCCUGUGGAGUAUGAUGACUGGAAUUUCACUUGAUAGAGACAAUGUUGAAAUGGUAGAACUACUUAAUGGACUAAAUUUUCUCUUCUCUUCUAAAGUUUUCAUGAUGUCAAUGAUGCUUCCUUGGAUUAGAUUUGUGUUUCCGAAUUUAACUGGAUACAAUAGAAGAGUGAAUACAUUGAAAUCUAUUCAAGCUAUGUUGAAACGAAUUAUCAAAGCACAUCAUGAAACUUUGGAUGAAAAUGAUCCUAGGGAUAUGAUUGAUGCUUUCCUCAUAGAAAUAAAUUCUCAGAAAGAUCCAGAAUUCAGUGUUGACCAGCUGGUGAUGACUUGUCUUGAUCUUAUGGCGGCAGGAUCAGAAACUACUUCAACUACUUUACAAUGGAUAGUUGAGUACAUGGUAUUGUACCCUGAAGUACAAGAAGCUUGUUACAAGGAGAUCCAGGAGAAGAUCAAAGAAUCAGAUGUCCGUCUUGAGGACACUGAAAGCUUAAACUACUGUCAAGCUGUCAUAGCAGAGGUACAGCGGCUGUCAGCUGUAGCUGUUGCAUCUGUUCAACACACCACAACACAACAGGUAGAAGUAGAGGGAUAUGUUCUGCCUAAAGAUUGUCUAUUAUUGUCAAAUUUAAAACUAUUCAUGACGAAUCCUGAUCUAUGGGUUGAACCUCUACAAUUCAAUCCUUCCAGGUUUCUAAACAAAGCUGGAGAAUUUACAAAACCAGAAUAUUUUGUUCCUUUCGGACACGGAAAAAGGGUUUGUAUGGGAGAAUCACUGGCAAAAUCAGAACUGAUUGUGUUCACUGUAACACUUAUUCAACACCUUAAGUUUGAAAGUAUCCCUGGAUUUGAACCUGAUGUAAACCAUUAUACUGCAGGGUUCACAAGAAUACCAUCUGCAUUCCACGUCAAGGUUUCUAGAAGAUAAAGAACAGAUUAAAAUAUGUUUUAUUUGAACAAUUUUAUAUUGAAAUAAAUGAUAAAAACACCAA